CAUAAAAGCAAACCACAAGCAAACUUCCUCCCAUCCCAUGAUUCAUUUACAUGUUAUUAUCAUAAAAAGCCUCUUGGUUUGUUGGUAAGCAAAUAACAACACGCACUAAACCACUUCGCCAUGACUACCACCAAAUCCUCUCUAAUCCAAAUUCUCAACCUAUCUAUCCUCUGUUUCACCAUUUCCACUUCCAUUGACUUCAAUUACCCAACUGUCUUUAACUUCGGUGACUCGAAUUCCGACACCGGCGAGCUCGUUGCCGGGCUAGGAGUCAGGCUUGACCCUCCUUAUGGCCAGACUUACUUCGAAAUUCCCUCAGGGAGGUUCUGUGACGGCCGCCUCAUUGUAGAUUUCCUAAGGAGACCUUUAGCUGAGAGAGGAGUGCUAGGGGCACUCGCCUUCUGCACUCUCCGGCCAACUCUUUCACUUUUAUUGGGCCACGUUAUUCUGGUGGCGAAGAGGUUGCUCUUCAAAGCUGAAACAAGCUUACGUGGCCCAAUGAAAGGGGAAGUGUUGGCCGGAGAGUGCAAGAGGCGAGUGCCCCUAGUACUGCUCUUAACUGAGAUGUCAUUUUAAGGUGUGGAAACACUACAAAGACUUCCAAAUUAGAUUCUUUUUUUUUUUUUUGUCCGGGAAUUAUUACAAAGUAUCCCGUGACCCGGCAGACUUAUCUUUUUCCACGUUAAUAAAGCAAAUUUGUAUUC